AGGGACAUUCGCUGGGCCAAAAAUAGAGUUCAUUGAAACCCUAUCACGGACUAAUUAAUUGUUCAUGUUCACGACAGCUGCUGCAUUUGUACGCAUAAUCCCAGAGAUGGGGUGGGUCUAUUUGGAAGGCGUUUGUUCAUGACAUGAUGAACAAUUCAUGUUUUGUCAAAAAAGUGUGGAGGUGAGAAUGAACUUGAUGGUUUGGAUCGACACCAUUCUUCUGAAUCUGAGCUGAGCUGACUGCACAUCAUUCGCACAGUGUAGUAGUGGAUGCGAUGUGAACUGUCAGUCGGUUUCUACAACACAACAGUAAUUUUCACACAUACAGUAGUUGAAGUGCAAGGUACAGAGACAUGGAGGAGGCUGAUCCGAUGGAGCAAAACCCUCCAGGUGAUGAGACAAACGAUAAAAAACCUUUGGGAGUGUCUGACGAUAACAAGAAAAACGGUGAGGUCAGAGAGACGGUUGCCAUGGAUUCUGCUGAGCCAGAGGCACCCCUACCUUUAGAAGAGGAUGGAAAUGGUGAAACUUUAAACAUGGAAAGUGAAACAGAUAGAGCAGUAUUGGAAGGAGAGGAUGGUACAUGUAUAUGUACAGAGAACACAAACCAAAGCAACAAUGGAGAAUCAAAUUUGGUGCCAGACAAAAUGACAAUGGAAGGACAACCAGAUUCAUCAGAAGAAGCUAAAUACACACUUCCAGAUGUUCAAUGUCCAGAAAUAUCUGUCGAAGGAAAAGGUACAGAUGAUUCGGAAAGCAAUAUAUGUGAACAUGCCAAUCUUGGAGAGAAAGUAAUUUCCAAUGAAAACUCUGAAAAAGAAGAGACAGAACACGUAGAAACUAAUCACACUAAUAAUAACAACAUGAACUGCAAUGGCAUUAAUGACGAUGUGAGUGUUGGAAGUGAUGAAGCGAGUAAAGAUCAAUCUAAGAUCUCUGACCCUGUAAGUGAUCCAAGCCUGAGUAGUUGUGAUACUAAGAGAAAAGGCUUGUUGCAGUCAGAUCCCGUUUUCAGUGAAAGAAUUAGCAGUGAUGGAGGGAGCGUAGAAAUAGCGGAAGAGGCGGAGGAGGAAGAUUGCAGUGCCAGUUAUCGGGUGAAAGCCGCUGAUGACAGGAUACUUCCACCUCUAGAUGGUGGCGAUAAAUCUGAAAACAACAUCCAACAUUCCAAAGAAGUCACAGCAUCUUCCUCUGUUACCAUAGAAACCAAGGACACCCUUGAAUCUUCGCCAGUAGUAGAAAGUUGCAUCCUCGUCCCCCACUCGGACGACUGCCAAUCUACCCCACCUCAGACAAACAAAGAGCCAGUUCUUCAUCCGCCAAGCCUUGCUCCCAAUGAGCUCCAGGCAAAGUCGGAUCCGUCUACCAGCCCAGGGGUCACUAAGAGUGAUUCCGAGACUGCCGUCGAUGUAGAGGAUGAUUUGCUCUCAGAAUUAGCUGCUGAGCUGGAUGAGGUUGUGCCAGAGAAAACUGUCGGUGCUGUUGCAGUUCACAAAGAUCUUCCAAGUAGUGAGACGAGGAGUAGUUCUCAGGUUAACGGGGAGGAGCGCUUUGAGGGGGAUGAUGACAUCAUCAAGAUGAGGAGACUUGUGGAAGAGUGGAAGAAAAAGUACUGUCAUGCUGAAGCAGAAUUACAAAGCCUCCAGGCCACUGCUCAUGCCAAAGCAGAUCAACAAGACAGUCUCAAAGAGGAACGAGCAAAGGCGGCGAAGGAAAUCAAGAAAGAGACAGCGGCAGUCAGGAAAGUACACCUUCUCAGGAUACAGGAGCUUGAGAAAGAAGCGGAGCAAAGGAAGAAAGAGAUUGCUGCUGCCAGGGAUCGGCAAAUAUCACAUGAUUCAGCUGCCAAGAAAGCUAUCAACCAACUACAACAUGAGAUGGUGCAAAGAGUCGACCAGGUGAAGCGUAUGUACGAAGACUCUGUGAAGGAGAAAGAGAACAUGGUCAUCCGCUAUGCCAAGAGUGAGAAGGAGAACCUGGACUUGAAGAAGGCCAAGGAGGCGUUAGACAAGAAGGGAAGAGAUGCGGGUCAUGGGCUAGAGGUCAUCGCGACACACAAUAAGCAACUCAAAGCAGAACGGACCAGACUCAUAGGGGAUCUGGAUGCAAAGGACAUGGAGAUUACCAAGCUUCAAAAGGAGAAGGAGGAGAUGGAGGAUGAUGUCUCCUCAGUAGGAAUCAAGGUCAAAUGGGCUCAGAAUAAACUCAAGACAGAGCUAGAAAGUCAUAAGGAAACGAAGGUGAAGCUCUCCAAGACUGAGCAGAGACUUCAGGAGGCCAAGGAAGAGACUGAACAGAUCAGGAAGAACUGCCAGGAGAUGAUUCGUACUUACCAGGAAUCUGAGGAGAUCCGAUCUAAUUCUCUUGACAUACAACUCAAGGAGAAGGAAGAGGAACUCAAAAUACACUUUCAAGAAAAAGAGGACCAUAUGGAGUUUCAUAACACACGUUUGAAGGAGCUGACUUCACUGAAGAAGUCUCAUCACGAUACGUUAGCAGAGCUGGACUCAUUGAAAGUCAAGGCUACAUGUCUAGAAGAUGAGAGACUGCAUACCGAGGGCCUUCUGGCCCAAUUCAAAGGUCUCCUCAACUCACAGAAGGAAGAGAACAGGAAACUCACAAGACAGAUGGAUGAUCUCAAGUCAAUCAAGAGAAAACUAGACGAAUCCAAGGAGAACGUGGGGGUGUUGGAGAAGACGAUCGCCUCCAGGAAGGAGGAUGAGAAGGACCUGGAGUCUGAGCUGGAGAGGAGCAGGGACAAGGAGUCCGAGCUCCUGCAGUUCACAGAGAGGAUGACCACCAAGAAUGCCGGUCUUCACUCGGAUAAUAACGUACUCAGUGCCAAGGUUGAUAAGCUAACUGAAGAAUGCAGAAACCUGACUUCAGAAUUGGAAGAAGCAAAGUCACAGGUCUCACAGUUGACUGCUGACCUGAACCAAGAGAAGCAGUACCGUGAGAGAGAGGCAGCCCUGCUGUCGGCUCGGCUCAGUGAGAAGACCAAGACUCUGGAUCAGGUCAAAGUUCAACUAGACGAUGCCAAAGAUGAGACGAAGACACUCAAGAGAAAAAAUGCUGCAAAUCUCAAGGAUCUAACUCGUCAGCUUCACCUUGCAAAGAAGAGGAUAGAAGCCCUGGAGUCCGACGGUGGCGGUGGCGGCGGCGCUCCAGGCAACAAGGAGAACUUCAGCUCUGAGUCCAGGACCAGCUCCACGGGAUCCCUGGAUACGUUGGGAAACAGCGCCCUCAACGGUGGUACAGUAAACAUCUCGUCAGGGAGCACGAUAGCCGGGGGUAACGACUUCCCUGGUAUCGACAAGGCCAUGCUGGUGGAUCGAAUCGUCAGGCUUCAGAAGCAGAUGCAGAGGAAAGCAGAGAAAAUUGAGUUUCUCCAGGAACACAACUGUCAACUCAUUGAAGAAUUACAGAAGAAAUCCAAGAUUAUUCAGCAGUACAUCAUGAGAGAAGAAGUAGGUGCCCUCAUACCAGCCAUCAGCGAUGAAAACAAAGCUCAGAUGUCCAAAAAGAGUGGCAUCAUGUCCUCCCUCUACGGAUCACAUUCAGUUGACCCCAAUAUGACCCUUGACCUCUCGUUAGAGAUCAAUCGCAAGCUUCAAACAGUACUAGAGGAUACACUCCUCAAAAACAUUACCCUUAAGGAAAACAUUGACACUCUUGGCCAGGAGAUAGCCAGACUGUCUGAGGAAGCACAGUUCAAAUCAAGUCGUCGCCCCAACGCUGGUCGGAGAAAAUGAAGUUGAAUCAACUACUUUUGGUCUCGUUCAAGAACGGUGGGUAGUCGAGAGACACUGUCCAGUGGGAGUCAAUGUAGUCCUUCAGAAGUUCACCCCUCAUGUGUAUGGUCGGUCAAGAAGAUCUACCCAUAGAAUGCGACAUGUAAGUCAGGGAGAUUCAUGUUUGCUGGAGUCUACGAGAAUACUUUUCAUACCGAAACCAAAUUAUGUCCGGCUGGGAAAGAUGCAGAAAUCUUACAAGUUUGA